AUGACGACUAAUCCAGCCAACAAGCUGCUGGGCAAGGUUCAGGGUUCUGAUCAAGUUUCACGGCACCCCUCCCCCCAGCCCACCCAUUUCUCGGUACCCCUGGGUACGCUAGGUGGCAACGGACAUAGGGUCCUCCGUUCUGCUACCGUGGGAUACAUCGCGCCCGAGUUUAAGGGACGCGAUGAGCAGAUAGAGCAAGUCAAGAACAUCAUCCUCAAGCAAGGAUGGAUUCCCGAGUCACAUCUCGAUGAGCAAGUCUCAUGGUUCUACAACGAGCUAGGUAUCGACGAUGUCUACUUCCAGAUGGAGAGUGCCGAUGUCAUCGCGACCCACAUCACCUCCAUGUACGCUGCCAAGGUUGCGGCGUACGCCCGCGUGGACAAGCGUGAAGAAAUCCGCUUAGACAUGGAAGCUACCGACCACGCCAUCUAUAUCGACACUAGCGAAGCCGGUAAGAGUUCGUUACACGGUCCACGCUUCGAAAAUAGACUCGAGGCCAAGUAUCUAGACAACGUGGACCCCAACAAGCGGUUCAGGGUUGAGACGUUCCGCUCUCCUGGCACCAUAGCAAACGACCCUUCAUCUAAGGCCUCUCUACGAUGCUAUUUCGUAUAUCAGUGCCAAUUCGUAGAUCCGAACCCAGAACCUGGCGAGACGCGCCUUGAGAUCAUCAGCGAUCGUAUGUUCCUGACGAAAGCGACCAAGAACACCAAGCAGAUUUAUGAUGAUAUCAUCAAACUCGCCGUUGCCAGGACUGGUCCUGUCAUCGAGGUGUUCGAUAUCGAGGGCUCGGAGGAGAAACGUCUCGUCAUGGCUUUCCGCUCUCGCACUGCGAGGGGUAUUUUCAGCGCCAUGAGCGAUCUCUACCACUACUACGGUGUCACAAGCACCAGGAAGUAUGUAGAGCAGUUCUCCAAUGGCAUCACAGUCAUGAGUAUCUACCUCAAGCCGGCGACGAACCUUGAUACCAAGCCCAUGCCGAUCGAGCAGUCGAUCCAUCAGAUCACCAAGGAGAUUUCUCUCCUGUACUGCUUACCCCAGAACAAAUUCCAUUUCUUGUUUGCCUCUGGCGCGCUGAGUCUGCAGGAGACCGUCUACGGCCACUGCGUGUGGGUGUUUGUUCAGCACUUCCUCAACCGUCUCGGCACGGAGUACGUGUCUAUCAAGCAAGCCUUAGAUUCCAAGAACCCGGCACACGUGGAGAUCUUGUCCAAAUUAAAACGACGUCUUCGUACGGAGACGUUCACUCCGGAUUACAUCCUCGAAAUCAUCUCGUCCUACCCCAAUCUAGUCCGUCUGUUGUACGCCGCAUUUGCCAGCGUUCACCUGAGUGUUGGUCCCGGUUUUGAAAAGAGCAUAAUCGCGCCGACGCCCGCCGUGGAGGUGCUCUCGGAUGCUAAGCUUAAGGAGGCUAUUACUCGAGAAGUGUCUAAUGAGCACCAGGAGAUGGUAAUGACGGCCUUCCGGAUUUUCAAUAAUGCUGUCUUGAAGACCAAUUACUUUACUCCUACGAAAGUAGCCCUCAGUUUCCGUCUCGACCCAUCCUUCCUGCCGGAGAUCGAAUACCCCCGACGUCUGUACGGAAUGUUCCUCGUGAUUAGCGCUGAAGCCCGCGGCUUUCAUCUGCGGUUCAAGGAUGUCGCCCGAGGCGGUAUCCGAAUCGUCAAGUCCCGCAGCAAGGAGGCAUACAGCAUAAAUGCCAGGAGCCUCUUCGACGAAAACUAUGCCCUCGCCAGCACACAGCAGCGGAAGAACAAGGAUAUCCCCGAAGGCGGCUCGAAAGGUGUGGUUCUCCUUGAUGCCAAGCAGCAGGAUCGUGCUCGGGAGGCUUUUGAGAAGUACAUUGAUAGUAUCUUGGAUCUUCUCCUCCCCGCUCAGACCCCUGGCAUCAAGAACCCCAUUGUAGACCUAUAUAACAAGGAGGAGAUUCUCUUCAUGGGUCCUGACGAGAACACCGCAGACCUUGUCGACUGGGCUACCGAACACGCUCGCGCCCGAGGCGCGCCGUGGUGGAAGUCCUUCUUCACUGGCAAAUCGCCUAAGCUUGGCGGUAUCCCCCACGACGAGUACGGCAUGACGACGCUGUCCGUCCGCGAGUACGUCAAGGGUAUCUACCGGAAACUGAACUUGGACCCUUCCGAGGUGAAGAAGAUGCAGACCGGAGGACCGGACGGAGACCUUGGCAGCAACGAAAUUCUUCUGAGCAACGAGAAAUACACGGCUAUCGUCGACGGCUCUGGCGUGCUCGUGGACCCCAACGGUAUCGACAAGGACGAGCUCAUCCGCUUGGCCAAGGCGCGUGUCAUGAUCUCGCAUUUCGAUCUUUCUAAGCUGUCUAAGGAUGGUUAUAGAGUCCUGUGCGAUGACAGCAACGUCACGUUGCCGACCGGCGAAUUUGUUCCCAACGGCACCCCCUUCCGGAACUUCUUCCAUCUCAGAGAUAGCGGUCUGACGGACGUCUUCGUUCCUUGUGGUGGUCGUCCCGAGUCGAUCGACCUCUCUACGGUCUCCAAGUUGAUUAAGGAUGGCAAGACGACGAUUCCUUACGUCGUUGAAGGAGCCAACCUGUUCAUCACCCAAGAUGCUAAGCUACGUCUCGAGGAUGCAGGCUGCAUUCUUUUCAAGGACGCAUCCGCCAACAAGGGUGGUGUGACCUCGUCGUCUCUAGAAGUCCUCGCCGCGCUGAGCUUCGACGACCAGGGUUUCGUCGAGAACAUGUGCCACAACGCGAACGGCGAGGCGCCCGAGUUCUACAAGGCGUACGUCAAGCAGGUGCAAGCCACGAUCUGCGAGAACGCGCGCCUCGAAUUUGAGGCCAUCUGGCGGGAGCACGAGCAGACCGGCGUGCCGCGAUCCGUGCUCUCCGACUCGCUCUCCGUCGCCAUCACGACCCUCGACGAAGAGCUCCAGAAGUCGGACCUCUGGGAGAACCCCAAGAUCCGCAGGUCCGUCCUCGCGGACGCCCUCCCCAAGCUGCUGCUCGACAAGAUCGGUCUGGAGACCAUUAUCGCACGCGUGCCGGACUCGUAUCUCCGCGCCAUCUUCGGAAGCUACCUCGCUUCCCGCUUCGUGUACGAGUUCGGUAGCAACCCUAGCCAAUUCGCUUUCUACGAUUUGUAA